CAAAGCACCAGACAUCGUUAAUCCUUUUGUUAAAAAUAUCAUCGUGCUGUAUUGUGACCUUCUAAGAUUUUAUCCCUCUACUUGCAUUGUGAGCUCGUUCGGACUGGAACCUUUUACAACAACUACUACUUCUGGUUGGUGUCUUGAAACCUAUCAAAGCGACAGUUAUUACGACGGCCAUUUUCGCUUUCCGGCCAAUAAUCAGCACUUCAUUCACCAUUCCUCAGAAUAUAUCGCCAUCAUCAUUGCGUGUCGAAGCAUGGCUGCAUAUUUGGUGUAUCACGGGGUAGUGCAGAUGAAUAUUGCGGAUCGCAAGCGGAAGGCUCUGGUCAAACAUUAAUUUUUCAAUUUUUAUACCGCUUUCUAAUCUACAAUGAAAAAUCCCUCAAUAGGCCUCAGAGCGUGGCAUGAAUGGCUCAGUCUUUCACGUCAAACGCCAGAGUCCUGGCAUCAAUACCGCCUCAUGGAAGAACAGCAAGAGUGCCACGAUGCCGAUACCCUCUUGCUGAAGCUCAGUGAAACAUCCGAUGUGCUAUUCUCCAUCAGUAGAGCCCGGUACGAUGGCUAUGACAUUGCAAACCUGCCAUUCAUUUUCAGCUAUCAAUAUUUUCUACCAUAUUGUUAUAUGCUGGCAAAAUUUAGUUCUCGUUGUAUGUUUUACAAGACGGCUGCCACACUUUGUGAUGCUCCUAAUGCGGGAACGGUACGCGAGGUAGUCAAUCCGGCCAAAGAUGAAAAGCUCGAUCAAGUAGCCGUUCGUCACCAAAUCAAUCCGACACGUUUCAAACACGUCUCUCGUCAGCUUCGUCGUGUGUAGCCCAUCCUCCCAUGAAACGAAAAUACCCGCCGAGCCCCCUUCCAGUAUAUGCUAGAUGAGGCUUCGCAUUCCUUUUGACUGUUCAAUAUCAACUUCAAUAUCUGAACGGCAACUUUCAUAGCCCACACUCUCAAACAUAAAGCUACCUGUCCCUUCAAACGUUUUGCCAGGCAACAUUUGGUGGUUUUGAGCGAUCCGCAUUGAUCAAAUCUGUUUGAUUUCGGGUUCCAGCUUUGAACACCUUCAUAACACCUAGAUGAAACAAAACGCUUAGGAGUUGAGGAAGGAACAAAACGUUACUGACAGCUGGCGGUGAACACCUUUCAAAACACGUAUAUAAGAAGCCUUAUGCUCAUAGUCAGA